CCCUGAAAUCAUCACUAAUAAAAAUCACUCCUUUUUUACUUCUCAAGGUAUGAAAUCUUGCAUUCAUUCAUUCAAGCUCCAAACUUUCAUUACAAUAUAUACAUAUACAUAGAUAUAAUUUAUAACCCACAUAUAAAGAUUGGUCUGCAAUCAUUCUUUCCUUGUCUCCAAGGCCAAAUAAGGUUUAGGUGAAUCGUCGAACCAUGUUUACUAGUUUCACACCCUUUAGAGGCAUGAAAUCAAAAAUCGUUCCUUACUAUAUGAAUGGAACUCCAUCUAGCCUUUUUUGCAUCCUGCCACGGGAUGAUUCUUCACGUUUUUACCCUCCUGGUACCGUUCCUGUUUACCUUAAUGUGUAUGACAUCUCCAAUAUCAACAAUUGUAUAUCAUGGACAGGUCUGGGUGCCUUUCACACCGGUUUAGAAGUUCAUGGUGUGGAAUAUGGUUUUGGAUGUCACCAAGAAUCAGAAAGUGGUGUCUUUGAGAUUGAGCCUCGUAAAUGUCCUGGUUUCAAGUUUAGGGAGUCGAUUUUAAUGGGUACAACAAAGCUAACUUCGAGUCAAGUUCAUAGAUUCUUUGAGCUGCAGUCUAAUAACUACUAUGGUGACACAUACCACUUAUUUGGGAAGAACUGCAACCAUUUUUGUGAAGAUAUGUGUUACCAGUUAACCGGGAAUAAAAUCCCCAAAUGGGUCAACCGGCUUGCCAGACUAGGUUCAUGUUGUCGAUGCAUACUCCCAAAAUCCAUCAAGGGUUCUGCCGUUAGAAACGAAUCAAAUGUUUCAGACUAUGAAAAGAAGAGUUUGAAAAGUUCAUUUAGUUGCUUUUCAUCAUUUUCGACACAUAAUAAGUUGAGGAAAGUGUCGAUAUCUUCAUUGUAUAAGCAUUCACUCUACAAAGGAUGUCUUCCCCCGUGGGAGUUGCGUGUAGACUCACAAAGGCUUUGUGAUGAGGAUGAUGAGUGAAUGGUUUUUUCAUGUGUCAAUCUUGAUGUGUUCAUAGGAAGCGGUUCAGUUUUUUGAGUGGUUGAUGCUAAAGACCCAAGGAUUUUGAACACAAGUGCAGAAGAAAUGAGAUAAAAGAUAUUGCACACCUUGUAGCAAACUUUCUUUUUUUUCUUUUUCAAAUUUUAAUAUUUGGAAUGAGUGUAAACAAACAUAGCUUUUGCCAUCUUCAAUUGCAGAACAUGUACAAAUAUAAGGAUGCUUUUGUUAUAUGUAUUACUAGCUUUUUGACUGCGAUGAUAUUUCUUUA